CCCCACCGAGCUGCGGAGCGAGGAUCUGCCGGGCUGCGCCGGGCCCUCUUCCUUCCUUUGUGCAUCCCCCAGCCCCGGGCAAGCCGUGUCCCCCGCCCGGCCGCCACCUCUCUGCUUCCUCCCCUUCCCGGAGCCUCCCCCGGCUCGGGAGGCAGGAGGAAGCCGUUCCCCCGGGGCAGGACGAGCCGAAGCAGCGGCGAGACGCCGGGUGCCACGUCGUGCCACCCCCUCCCUUCCCGGCUGGGGCACCGAGGCCGCAUCCCCGCCUUCAUCCCGGGCCGCAUCCCUCUACCCAGCCCCACAUCCCUCCAUCCGGCCCCGCUUCGCAUUUUCCGCGGCGGCGGGAUCCCCUUUGGCGGAUGCUGCGCGUCUCCCCGGGCCGCUGGUGCUAAAUGCUGAGCGCCGACAGGAUGGAGGAGUUUCAGAGCGAGGAAGAGGAGCCCUGGUACGACCAGCAGGACCUGGAGCAGGACUUGCAUUUGGCUGCAGAGCUGGGGAAGACCCUGCUGGAACGCAACAAGGAGCUGGAGGACUCCCUGCAGCAGAUGUAUGCAACCAACGAGGAGCAAGUGCAGGAGAUUGAGUACCUGACCAAGCAACUGGAGAUGCUGCGGCAGAUGAACGAGCAGCACGCCAAAGUCUAUGAGCAGCUGGACCUGACAGCACGGGACCUGGAGCUGGCUAACCAGAAGCUUGUGCUGGAAAGCAAGACAUCCCAGCAGAAGAUACAGUGCUUGACAGAAACAAUCGAGGGGCUGCAGAACCAAGUGGAGGAGCUGCAGAAACAGGUGGAGGAAAUGAGGAGCUUGGAGCAGCUCCGAAUUCGUCGGGAGAAGAGAGAGCGGCGCCGAACCAUCCACACCUUCCCCUGCCUUAAGGAGCUGUGCUCCAGCCCCAGGUAUGAGGACGCAUUCCAAGUCCACAGCCCUUCCACAGAGUUCAACCAGAAGCCACUGGAGAGGGAGAACGAGCGUCUCCAAGCCAUGGUGAACUCCCUGAGGUCCCAGGUCAACCAGGAGAAGCAGCGGAAGGAGAGGGUUGAGCGUGAGUACAGCUCAGUUAUCCAGGAGUACUCGGACCUGGAGCAACGGGUGUGCGAGAUGGAGAACUGCAAACUGCGCAUCAAGGAGCUGGAAGCAGAGCUCCUGGAGCUGCAGCAGAUGAAACAAGUCAAGAAAUAUCUGCUGAGCAGAGAGGACAACCUGUCUGAGGCCCUCCUCGAGCCUCUCAACAACGCCCCAGAAGCAGAUUACAUUGACCUCUCCGAGGAGGAGGGAGGGAAAAGCCAGGGGCCAUCAAUGACUCCUUCCCCCAACCACCCCGUUCGGAAAAGCUGCAGCGACACCGCCCUCAACGCCAUCGUCACCAAGGAUGCCGUCAGCAGGCACGAGGGCAACUACACCCUGCAUGCCAACAACGUGAGGAAGAGGGGGAUGUCCAUCCUGAGGGAGGUGGAUGAGCAGUACCAUGCCCUGCUGGAGAAGUACGAGGAGCUCCUGAGCAAAUGCCGGCAACACAAGGACAGCGUGCGCCACACGGGCGUCCAGACGUCCCGGCCCAUCUCCCGUGACAGCUCCUUCAGAGACUUCCGAGGAGAGGGGCACGAGCUGGAAGAGAGGAAAACCAUGGAGAAGACCAUCAGCAAACACGUGGACGCGGUGGACAAGAGGCUGGAGCAGAGCCAGCCCGAGUACAAGGCUCUUUUUAAGGAGAUCUUCUCCCGCAUCCAGAAAACAAAAGCAGACAUCAACGCCACAAAGGUGAAAAACAAGAGCAGCAAAUGAGUCUCCUGCCUCUCUGCGACCCCCACCUGCAAUCACAGCAAACGAGUCUUCUCUUCAGCCCCAGGAAAUGCCUCGUGGCCCCACUGCUUUGAAGGUUUGAGAGGUCUACAAGCAAGAAAACAUCACGGAGACUCGACUCACUUUUUUUUUAUUCUUAAGCUUAAGCUCUGGACAACUCCUUGGGACAAUUGUACAUUGUAGUUAGAGGAUGCCAGAAUGACAGAUCUCUGCAUGAGUUGCUGCCGCUGCCAGACACCACAACAGCAACGUAAAACACACGACAAAAAAAGAAAACCAAUCACCUCCCUUCCCCCUUUUCCCAGUUAUCUGCAAGCAGAAGCCUGGAUGUCCUCCAGCACCCAGCAGGAGGGCAGUGCUGCAAAGUAAAACAAAAGCCAUCAGGACUUCAGGGGCUGUCCCAGCACACCAGCCCAACCCUCCACUUUGGUUUUAUGGCUAAGAACCUCUGCUUGCACUCGAGAGACUUCUCUCUACCCCUUCCCCACAGGGCAGUAUGUUCCUGCUAUUUAAGUAGUUCUCUUUAUCAGCCAGGUUUUUCAGCUAUUUACAAUGCAAGCUCCUUGCAACUGGAAAAACUUGAAGAGAAUCAUAAAACUGAUAGUUCUGUCUUCAUCAGCAUCAUGUAGUAUUUCAGUCCAUACUCUCCAGACUUCGUAGGCAAAUGGGAUUUCCUCACUUGAAAUCUGCCCCAGUAUUUCCACCCAGGUGGAGCACUGUGCUUGAUAGGAACUUGAUGACCAGGGCUUUCCCAUGAGCUAGACAAGAAGUGCUAUUACAGGACCAGAGACAUCUUCCACCCCACGGGCUGGGUCCCAGCCCUCUGGCUGUCACUGCCCCAUUGUAGCAAACUCCCCCAGUACAGCUCCCAUGGGCUUGCAAAACUGGCUACCAGGGGCUUGCAGAGAAGGACAAAGCCUCUCAAGGGCGUGGGGAGCUCUGGCCCUGGUGGCUCUGGCACUGAUCACACAGUGUCCCACACUGCUGCUCCCAACCCCUCCCCAGCCAAGGGGACAGAUUUCCAUUUUCUGCUGAUAAGAAUCUUCUCUUGGCCAAGCUACUGUCUCCCAAGCUGCCAUCUCUCAUGUUCCUGUUCACUUUCCAGCACUGAAAUCUCCUCACUUUGGCUUCCACAGACAUGCAAACACAGCCAAAAGGCCACUGCAGUCUCAGGAAUCACCAGUUCCCAUUUUUUCAUGGAUUUGAUGUUGACCCCGUGUGGUCAGACGUGCGUUUUAGGCAGAGGAGCAGAAGUUCCAUCACACCUUAGGCAACACCCCGAGCACUGAGCCACAGGAAAGAAGCAAUUCAGUGUAAGCUUCCUACUCUGUACCUGCCUGGAGACAAACUUCAGGCCAGAUUUGGAUUUUAUUUUCACUGGCUUACACCCCAAAACCUUAGGGUAACAGUUGGGAUUUUUGCGAUUGCCAUAAAUAAAUGAGAAGUUGACUUUGGAGUAGGACAAGGGUUAAAACAUAAUUAUCCUCCAAGCCUUGAUUUUCUGAAGGAGAUACCUCUCUCCCAUGGAAUUAAUGCAAAAAUAUCCCCAAAAAUACCCUCUUGGGUUAUGCUGAGUACCAUGGAGGUACUGGCAGGAGUGUGAUGCCCAAACACCCACUCCAGGGGUCUCCUCCUCAAGCACCCAACCCCUCCACACUUCCAUGCUCUGCAUUUUCAGGUGCCCUACGGCCCCAAACUCAAAACCCUUUAGGAGCCAAAUGCACGACUGUGGCUACCAGCUCUGUAACAGUAUGGAGAACCUUCAUGCCUUAUUUAUUUAUAAUGGAAAGCAGUUGUCUAAUAAAAUAAAUAAAACCGAACAAC